AUGGAGGCGCCCUGGGGAGUCCGCAGCAUCCAGCAGGGCUGGUACGUCUCUUCCCAGCAGCCGGAGGAGGCGGAGGCGCAGGCGCAGGCGGAAGAGUUGAGCCCGUUGCUAAGCAACGAACUUCACAGACAAGGAUCCCCAGGUGUUUCAUAUUUUCUCUCAGUGUUUAAUUUGACGAAGGCCAUCAUGGGAAGUGGCACCCUUGGCUUAGCUUUUGUUAUGGCUAAUACUGGUAUCCUUGGAUUUAGUUUUUUGCUGCUGAUAAUUGCUCUUCUGGCUUCUUUCUCAGUUCAUCUCCUGCUUACUAUGUGUAUUCAGACAGCUGUGACAUCUUAUGAAGAUCUUGGACUCUUUGCAUUUGGAUUAUGUGGAAAGGUGGUGGUGGCAGGCACCAUAAUAAUCCAGAAUAUUGGAGCCAUGUCAUCUUAUCUUUUAAUUAUUAAGAUAGAGCUUCCUACAACUAUUUCAGAAUUUUUGUCUGGAGACCAUAGUGGGUCUUGGUAUCUUCAUGAACACACACUACUAAUAAUCACUUGUGUUAUCAUUGUGUUUCCUCUUGCUCUUCUUCCUAAAAUAGGCUUUCUUGGCUAUACAAGUAGUUUAUCAUUUUUCUUUAUGACGUUCUUUGCUCUUGUGACAGUAAUUAAAAAGUGGUCUAUCCUUUGUCCUCUGACAUUAAAUUCUAUAGAGCAGCACUUCCAGAUUUCAAAUGCUACAGAUGAUUGUAAACCAAAGCUCUUUCAUUUCUCCAAAGAGAGUGCUUAUGCGAUACCAACCGUGGCUUUUUCAUUUCUCUGCCAUACCUCAAUAUUGCCCAUUUACUCUGAACUUCAAAGCCCUUCAAAGAAAAGAAUGCAGGAUGUAAGCAAUACCGCAAUUGCUUUAAGUGUCCUUGUUUAUUUUGUAUCAGCGCUCUUUGGGUACCUCACUUUUUAUGACAAAGUGGCGUCUGAUAUACUCCAAGAUUAUAAUAAAUACUUGCCUCAUGAUGUUGUUAUCAGGAUUAUGAAGUUAUGCGUACUGUUUGCUGUGCUUUUGACAGUCCCUCUAAUCCACUUCCCUGCAAGGAAAGCUUUAAUGAUGAUGUUUUUCUCCAAUUUUCCAUUCUCAUGGGUUCGCCAUUUUUUGAUCACGCUAGCACUCAAUAUUAUCAUUGUCUUACUGGCAAUAUUUGUCCCUGACAUUAAGACUAUAUUUGGUGUAGUUGGUUCCAGCACAUCUACGUGUUUGAUUUUUGUGUUCCCAGGACUUUUUUACCUGAAACUUAGCAGAGAGGAUUUCCUCUCAUGGAAAAAGCUUGCGGAGACAGCCAUCUGCAAGCCCAGGAGAAAAGCCUCAGGAGAAACCACACCUGCCAACACCUUGCUCUUGAACUUCUAG